UUCUUCGAUGGCAUAGAUGAUGAUGGAAAUCCUCGAAACAGUGGGGAAUUCAAGAAGAACCGUGAAAAUGGCAGAAACCCAUCAAUGGCGAAUCAAACUGUUCCCAAGUGGAAGCAGCAAGUUCCCCAUGAACCGUAUGUACCUGCCACGGACAAGAAGGGUGAAGAAAGGAAGAAUCAAGAACCUGUAAUGAAGAAACCAAAUGCUGUUGUGAAACCACAUAAGCCCUUGAACACCGAGUCUGGCCCUGGGAGGCUGACAAAAUUAAACAUGGAGCAAAAGGUCAGCAAUGAGACAAAAUCCCAGCAAAACUCAAACAGGCCGAUCACAAUCCAAAAGAAGCCACUAGCUGCUCAAGAAGAUAUGUCAAAUAGCUUGCUGCUUGGAUCAUUCAUUUUGAUCUAUUUUUGCUGUUCAAUUAGAAACCGAAGUGUUUGGAUGAUGCUGCAAAACUUGAAGCCGCAAAGAGGAAGCUCCAUGAGCGCUACCAACAAGCUGAAAAUGCAAAGAGACAAAGAACUAUCCAGGUCAUGGAAUUGCAGGAUCUCCCGAAGCAAGGGCUUGGCCCUAGGAAUCCUCACAUGAGACCUGGAAAUCACAACAGGCAUUGGGCAAAUGGGCGUCGCUAGCUUGUUUGUUUUUGUGAUGUUGAUUCGAAUAAACAACAUUUCAAAAUUUCUCCCAUUUUGAAAGCCAAUAAAGUGGAAGAAAACUCUUACUAUGUGGCUUCACCCACUCGAGCAUCGAUGAUGACGCUGCUAAAUUAAGACUCAGUUUGAGGUAAUGAACUUUUUCAUUUGAUUUGGGUGGCUGGUAUAGAUUACGAGGUCUAAAUUCUUGAUUUGUUGUUGAUGAAUGUGAUUUUCACCCAUCCCAUAUGAUGAUUUUCUCUCAGACAUCUCCUUUGCCCGUUCCAUUAUCAGACUCUGUUACAUAUAUAAAUUUGCACAGAAUAAUAAGUACAUUUAUAGUAUGAAACAUUUUGACAUGAAAUGAGUGUAAGAAGUUGGUUGGAUGUUCACUUUUAGUAGGAUUGUAAUUGAUAUCAUGCUCUGUUGAAUGAAACAUGACUAUGAUACUAUUCUUUCAAUUAAAACGAAAAAAAAAA